GUGAGGAUUACACAAUCUCUUUGAUACCUUUGUGAUGUUUUUUUGAGUGUGUGCUUUUAAACCGGACAGAGAAGCACAAAUAAGAAUUUGAUCCUAAGAAUUUACUAACACUUUAUUCUUGUCAACCUGUGAGACCACCUUGAAAAUAGGGGCAGAGGGCAAACAUUUGCCUCUGGGGCUGCUUGCAGGUGAUUCAUUCUGGAAUGGUUCCGUCCUUCAGGUUGGUCAGCAGGUCCGGCGAUCCACAUGCCUGCACUACUGUGUCAGAAGGUCAAGCGCAGGCCUGGCUAAAAAAGCGUGACGAUAGAAGUUGAUGGAACUCCGUCUAGCUUUACUUUUCCUAAGUGUGUGAUAAAGAUGAUCAAACUACCAUCUCGACACUGACAAUAUAAGAAUGUGACUGGAAAUAGAUUUACUUGAUGUGCUUGUCACUUUAAUCAAAGUGGCCCCCAAGAACUAAAGAUAUUUUUGGAAGUUACAGGUUAUAUUUAUACAGGGAAAGAAAGAAGACAGUGUCGUUCUAGAAUCCUGAGUAAAUGGAUUGUAUGUGGGCUUUUUCUCUUUUCUCACACUCCCAUUGCUCAAUACUUUGAUUAUAUGCCAUUUGUUUAAUUUUAACUCUGUAUCUUUAAAUGUUCUUUGAAUAGAUGGCAAAUGAUGAUAAUUUAAAUUCUAAGUAAGAAUACUACUUACUGGUUAAACAGUAAGUUUUAUCUACAAUGGCAUAAAACAUGAAUAAUUAGUAAAGUAUUCAUUUGGGACUGUAAGAAAAGAUUUGUUACCUAGUUCAUCGCUCAUUCUGCCUCUGCUUGCUGGUUUCUCUCUCGCUCAGGAAUGCAGGCCUCAUGCCUCUGCCGCGUUUUGCUGCUUAACCCCUAGUGCCUAGUGUAGAACGGUGCUUAAUGGAAAGUUCCCAAAUAAGAGGAUGAGCCAGUACACUGGGUAGAAUUUUCACCUGCUACAGGUCUUUAAGAAGCCUUGUGGGCCAGGCACGGUGUAAUACCAGCACUUUGGAAGCCUCGGCAGGCUGGUGGCUGGAGCCCAGGAGUUCGAGCCCAGCCUGGGCAACAUAAGGAAACCUCAUCUCUACAAAAAAUACCAGGCUGCAGUGAGCUGUGAUGAUGCCGCUAUACUCCAUCUGGGGCGACAGAGUGUGAGACCUUGUCUCAAAAAAAGAAAAAAAAAAAAAGGCCUUGUGCCCCUGCCCAGCCCUGGGUCAGCAGGUGCUUGGGAGCACCAGGCAGCUGGCUCAGCAUGUGGCCCAGCCAACAGCAUCCACAUGGUCACUGCACUCUGUCGGUCACUGCACUCCGUCACCCAUUACUGCAAGGAGGAAAACAGGAUGACAUGCAUACUGAGGAGGACCCCACAGGCACCCUCCCCUUCCUGUUGCUUUCAGCUUUGUAUGUGUGGCUUCUCACAGGAAGAAGUGAGGAGUAUAAGAUAGUUUUUUAAAAGUUUAAUUACUUGAACGUAUACAUAUGAAAUCUAAAACUCGGUUGCUACGUUCUGAAGAGAAACAAAGCAAGAAACUCAACCAUUUUUCGUCUUUUAAAUUAAAGGUGUCAGCACGCUGCAUUUGAAGUCAUUUUUAGUCCAUCUUAGGCCCGUCACUGCGUGUGUCAGGCAACCAUGCCUUUGCUUCAGUUCGAUUUCUUUGAAGUGCAUUUCCUGUAAUAAAACGGUUUGGCCGUUUCCUCUUGGUAUAAGUAGCACACCACAUUUCAUUUUAAGCUUUCAGAUAGGGACUAUUCUAAGCUGACAGCUUGGAUUAACAUUUGUUUCCGUGGCCCCAGAUGCACACUCCACAGUCCUGCGCCUCCGCUCCUCACUGAAUUGGUUUCUCUCCCUGCACCUCGUUUUCCUGUAUGUAGCUAUACUCCCAUUCCCACGCGGUCCUGACUCUAAAAUCAUAUACACAGUAGAGAAGGAGCCCUGAAGGUGAGUGAGGGGAAGUUACGAGUGAGAGACGGCACCGGCAUUUUCACAACGCAGUCCGGAGGAGCCACGGUGCUUGUGAGCAGUCGUGGGAAGGAAAGAGGGUCUCAGCUGUGCCACGGCGCUGGGUGUGCCGCUCGGGGAUUGAGGCUGAAGACCUGGAUCUCGUGAGCUCAGAGAAAUGCGGACAAUUGGACCGGUGUGAGAGGCGCACACAGAUAACUCUGAGAUUUACAGUGCCGCCCCCCAGCUGAGUUGGUGAGGGAAGAGACGUAAUGACAAGAAGUGUUCUUUGGCAAACGAGACAUCUGUGCUGCUCCCGCCAGUGUAACAGCAUCGCUCCUGACUGAAGGCAGAACUUGCACCUGCUCCCCGGCUACAUGGAUAACAUUCCUGAGGCCCUUCCUAUGGGCGGCAAGUACUAAAGACACUCGUGAGCUCACAAGGGGAACCCUAGAGUUCCCACCUGUGCCCUCAGACUCGCCCAUCUGCUUUUGUAGUCUGCAAGGGGAACUUGAGCUUUUGAGACUCUGGAAGUUCUUAACGGGGGAAUUCGUCUGCAUUGUAAUAGCCCUUUUACUCCAAUUAAAGCUUGCUCCUGGCUUUCUGGAGAUGAGAAACCCCUGCUUCAGGGACUUCUGUCUAAUGACCCUUCAUAUUCCCUUCAGUUCAGCCACCAUUAAGGAAGUGCAUUCUGUAUCUUAUAUUGCUGUGUCUGUGCUGGGGACAGGGCAGGGAGGGACCUGGCCCAACCUCUGCAAUUAGUGUAAUGACCAUAAAGCUGAUGUCUCCGAUUUUAUUUAAAGCACUUUUGUUCCUAACUGAAUCACUUUAAAAAUGAAUAUUUCGGCUCUGUGUUUAUUCCCUCUCACUGGAUGUUUUAUAUUCUCAUCACACUGCCCCGCGCCUGGGACAUCCGUGUGGGCUGGGGACCCAUGGCACCUUAGGGCAGCAAGAGGGCAUCAAAAGAUAAGUGAGACUUAAGACGGAGUCAAAGCAGACCCACAGGGACAGAAGAUGCUGAUGCUCCAUUGUUUUACCAGGGACGCUGGUCAGAAAGAGGAUGCCGUGACUGUGAAAAUUCCCGGAGCAGGAGACAAAGUUUCAUUAAUAUCUUUUCUCACUCUUGCGGGGCGGUCCUCGCGCGUUGGGCCUGUGACUUCACGAAGCUGCUUUCUUCCACCUGGGCCCUGGUACAGUGCCUAGAGAAUGCCAUGGUUAUAGUCUGGUGGGUUCUUCUUGCCCACUGCCCUGAGAAAACCAAGGCACUGAGAACAACAGGUGUCACAGCCAAGAAAGAGUUCCAUCGCAGGGCCAGCCACCUGUGAGAAUGGGAGCAGUUUCUCAGAUCUGCCUCCCUGAGAACUCGGAGGCUUGGGUUUUUAAGGGUAGUUUGGUGGGCGGGGGCUGGGGAGCUGAAACAAUGGAUUGGGUGGAUGUGAAAUCAUGGGAGUGUCGGAACUGUCUUCACACAGCUGAAUCAGUUCAUGGAAGCAGAGUCUGAGGACCAGCUUUACCCAGAAAUACCCACCAGUAAAGUUUUUAUCAGAAAAGGAUCGGAAAAGAAUUUUGUUGACCAGAUAUACCAUCUGGCAUCUCCAGCCUCCCCUCCAAACUACAUGUAUAAUCCUAUCAAGACAUUAAAGACCAAUACGAUUGGGACAUUAAACAUGUUGGGGCUGGCAAAACGAGUCGGCGCCCGUCUGCUCCUGGCCUCCACAUCGGAGGUGUAUGGAGAUCCUGAAGUCCACCCUCAAAGUGAGGAUUACUGGGGCCACGUGAAUCCAAUAGGACCUCGGGCCUGCUAUGAUGAAGGCAAACGUGUCGCAGAGACCAUGUGCUAUGCCUACAUGAAGCAGGAAGGCGUGGAAGUACGAGUGGCCAGAAUCUUCAACACCUUUGGACCACGCAUGCAUAUGAAUGAUGGGCGGGUGGUCAGCAACUUCAUCCUGCAGGCGCUCCAGGGGGAGCCGCUCACGGUAUACGGAUCCGGGUCUCAGACAAGGGCGUUCCAGUAUGUCAGUGAUCUGGUGAAUGGCCUCGUGGCUCUCAUGAACAGCAACGUCAGCAGCCCAGUCAACCUGGGGAACCCAGAAGAACACACAAUCCUAGAAUUUGCUCAGUUAAUUAAAAACCUUGUUGGUAGCGGAAGUGAAAUUCAGUUUCUCUCCGAAGCCCAGGAUGACCCACAGAAAAGAAAACCAGACAUCAAAAAAGCAAAGCUGAUGCUGGGGUGGGAGCCCGUGGUCCCGCUGGAGGAAGGUUUAAACAAAGCAAUUCACUACUUCCGUAAAGAACUCGAGUACCAGGCAAAUAAUCAGUACAUCCCCAAACCAAAGCCUGCCAGAAUAAAGAAAGGACGGACUCGCCACAAGUGAACUCCUCACUUUUAGGACACAAGACUACCAUUGUACACUUGACGGGAUGUAUUUUUGGCUUUUUUUGUUGUUUAAAGAAAGACUUUAACAGGUGUCAUGAAGAACAAACUGGAAUUUCAUUCUGAAGCUUGCUUUAAUGAAAUGGAUGUGCCUAAAAGCUCCCCUCAAAAAACUGCAGAUUUUGCCUUGCACUUUUUGAAUCUCUCUUUUUAUGUAAAAUAGCGUAGAUGCAUCUCUGCAUAUUUCCAAGUUUUUUAUCUUGCUGUGAGAGCAUAUGUUGUGACUGUCUUUGACAGUUUUAUUUACUGGUUUCUUUGUGAAGCUGAAAAGGAACAUUAAACGGGACGAAAAAUGCCGAUUUUAUUUAUAAAAGUGGGUACUUAAUAAAUGAGUCGUUACACUAUGCAUAAAGAAAAAUCCUAGUAGUACUGUCAGGUGGGUGGUGCGUCGGCAUUGACCUUAGGGCGGAUAAAAGAAUUCUGUGUGAGAGCUUUAUGUUUCUCUUUUCAUUCAGAGUUUUUCCAAGGUCUACUUUUGAGUUGCAAACUUAAGACUUUGAAAUAUUCCUGUUGGUCAUGAUCAAGGAUAUUUGAAAUCACUACUGUGUUUUGCUGCGUAUCUGGGGCGGGGGCGGGUUGAGGGGGACAAAGUUAACAUAUUCUUGGUUAACCAUGGUUAAAUAUGCUAUUUUAAUAAAAUAUUGAAACUUACCAGUCACGGA